GCUCAGUGCGCAGGGAGAGCCCGGUGUCGCCCGAGGUCUCCGAGCCGCUCGCCAUGGCUGGCCCGCAGCAGCAGCCCCCUUACCUGCACCUGGCCGAGCUGACGGCGUCCCAGUUCCUGGAGAUCUGGAAGCACUUUGACGCAGACGGAAAUGGGUAUAUCGAAGGUAAAGAACUAGAAAACUUCUUCCAAGAGCUGGAGAAGACAAGAAAAGUCUCUGGCAUGACGUCCAAGAGUGACAGCUUGGGGGAGAAGAUGAAGGCGUUCAUGCAGAAGUAUGACAAGAACUCGGAUGGGAAAAUCGAGAUGGCGGAGCUGGCGCAGAUCCUGCCCACCGAGGAGAGCUUCCUGCUCUGCUUCCGGCAGCACGUGGGCUCCAGCGCGGAGUUCAUGGAGGCCUGGCGAAAGUACGACACAGACCGAAGCGGCUACAUUGAAGCCAACGAGCUCAAGGGGUUCCUGUCGGACCUGCUGAAGAAAGCCAACCGGCCGUAUGAUGAGCCCAAGCUCCAGGAGUACACCCAAACCAUACUGCGGAUGUUUGACUUGAAUGGCGACGGCAAACUGGGCCUCUCGGAGAUGUCCCGACUCUUGCCUGUACAGGAAAACUUCCUGCUUAAAUUUCAGGGCAUGAAGCUGACCUCAGAGGAGUUCAACGCCAUCUUCACAUUUUACGACAAGGACGGCAGCGGCUACAUUGACGAGAACGAGCUGGAUGCCCUUCUCAAGGACCUGUACGAGAAAAACAAGAAGGAGAUGAACCUGUUCAGUACCCAAAUGCCCAGUUCUUGCUUCCAUCCCCUUUCAGCCCGAGACCCUCCAGGUGGCCCUUCCUGUUCGUGGCCCUGGUUAGUGUCUCCUGGGACUCCAGGAAGAAUUUGGGGUAUAUUCUCUCCUUUUGCUCAGUGA